AUGCUCACCACCACUGCUUCUUCGGCCGCGGCCGUCGCGCGCCAACUUACCACCCGCCGAGUCAUCGCCCCAUCCUCCUUCUUCGUCGCCCAAGCCAUCCGCACCUACGCAACCCCCGCCGGUCCGCCGCCCAAGGGCUUCCGCAUCCCGACGCCCAAGACUUGGGACCAAGAGGAGGAACACGCGCUGGACAAGAAUGGACGGUACUUCCUUUUGACCGAGAUGUUUAGGGGCAUGUAUGUGGCUAUGGAGCAGUUUUUUAGGCCGCCGUACACAAUCUACUACCCCUUCGAAAAGGGUCCCAUCUCCCCCCGCUUCCGCGGCGAGCACGCUCUGCGCCGCUACCCCUCUGGCGAAGAGCGCUGCAUCGCCUGCAAGCUCUGCGAGGCCGUCUGCCCUGCUCAGGCCAUUACGAUCGAGGCCGAGGAGCGCGCCGAUGGAAGCAGAAGGACGACCCGCUACGACAUCGACAUGACCAAGUGCAUCUACUGCGGGUUCUGCCAGGAGAGCUGUCCCGUGGAUGCGAUUGUGGAGAGUCCCAAUGCCGAGUACGCGACGGAGACGAGGGAGGAGUUAUUGUAUAAUAAGGAGAAGCUUUUGGCCAACGGAGACAAGUGGGAGCCCGAGUUGGCGGCUGCUAUUAGGGCUGAUGCUCCUUACAGAUAA